UUACUAUCUGCCUGUGAAACUCACUCAAUUCCAUCAAAACAAACUUCUGUUUUCUUUGCAAAUUCGUCAAGCUACUUCUUAUCUUUUUUUACUAAUCAUGUCUUGUUGCGGAGGAAAGUGCGGGUGUGGACCUAACUGCGGCUGCGGUAGCAGCUGCAACGGGUGCGGCAUGUACCCAGAUCUUGAGACCUCUAGCACUGGAAGCCUCGUCUUUGGCGUUGCACCACAGCCAUCAUUUUCUGCUGGUUCAGAGAUGGGAGCUGAAGGAGGUGGUUGCGGUUCAGGUAGCUGCAAAUGCGGCUCAGACUGCAAAUGUGGUUCUGACUGCAAAUGCUAGUAAAACUCAGUCAGUCUCCAUGUUUCUACUUUGUUAAACUUAAUUAACUAGUGGUGGAAGGAGUUUACUGAUCGAUGUGUUGAUCUUUAUCUCUAUCUUUAUGUUGUUGUUAUUGUUGUUGUAAAAAUAAAAAGUAGGAUAUAUGUGGUUGUCAUAACCAUUACAUACCUACUUAGUCAUGUGUUUUCUUCUUAAUUUAUGUUGAUUUUCUUGUUAAAUCAUGAAAAGUUAAUCAGUAAACUGUGUUGACUUGUAAGGGUUAAUUUGUUCAUGUGGUCAGUGAUAGAGCAGGACUCCUUAUAUAAUUCUCUUCCAAUGAAAUUAACCUUUUUAGACUA